UCAAAGGUGGAAAAUUUGGAAAAUCGCGAAACGGAACGGGAGGUGAAAAAACUUUCAACCAGUCGUGAAAAAGUGCAAAUUACCGCGGAAAAGUGCCCCGAUUCGGACCGAAACCCGUCGCAAACGGAAGCCCGCGUGCUUCUGCAGCCGCGCACUGUGGAAUCCUCCGCCGAACGAUGGAAUCCGGCCGGAAAAGUGCAUUUUUCGUCUUUUCGUCAUCGUAGACGAGGGGGAGGGAGUGUUUCCUCUUGGCCCCGUCAUAUAGGUUUUUCUUUUUUACCAUACGCCACCCCAACAAAUUCAUCCACACAAAAAGUGUUGUUCAGCAGUUGUCUGGGGGGGAAGGAAAGGCAGAAAAAAAAUAGUGCAAGCAUAACCAGUGAAAAAAGCAAGUGUUUUGUAUUUGGGAGGGAGUGUGAUUCGAUUCGUGAUUUUGUAGUAAUUGGAAGAUUGGGCUAUGAGUGGCUUCGGAACGUCCACCGGUUCUGAUUUGCACUUCCGGGCGCUUCCGUAUCUGGACAAGAAGUGGGUCAAGGCGGAUGUCGGAACGGCUCUGCGAUGUUCGGAGGAUUUGGCGAACCUGUGGAAUCACCUGGUGCAGGAUGAGGAAGUGGUCACUGGCAAGCCCCAAACGGCGGUCAAUGCCUGCGGAGAUGUGGCAUAUGCCCGUCCGGAUGGGAAGUACUACUGCGGACAGCAGGCACUGAACUGUACUUGCUGCAAGGGCGUUUGCAGUGCAACUUCGAACUGUUGCUGUCCGGGAUGCCAGAUCCUGGAAGUGGAAGAAGGGCCGGUGAAGAAGUCGUCCGGUUCGGGAACAAGUCCCCAACAGCAUCAGCAGCAGAAUCAGAAUAUGCACGACGGGAGCUGCUCCGGGACCAUUCUGGACUCAUGGCUGUGGAGCCCGAUACCAAGUCCGGAAGAGAAACGCGCCUGCACCAGGAAGCUGAUUGCCGAACAAAGAGAGAUUUGUCUCCAGGCGGCGGCCAAUUGCCUUUCGGCCACGCGCACCAAGCAGCUUCUGUACGUCUAUCGGCGGUAUUUUAUCGCGCUGCAACGCUGCAAGGUGGAAGAGAAAGCAAUCGCCGCGGCCAUUAGCGAGGACGGCCGGCCGGGAAUCAAUCCGGAGAUGGUGGCCAGCGAUAUCCACGACGCCACCAAGCUGAGCAAAAAUCCCAGCUUUGACCGGACGCCCAUGAAGGACUGCGACAAAGCCACUUUCGGAUUGGCCCGUGUCGGAACCCGUGCCGCCCUCAACUUCUCGUUCGCCUUCCUGCGUCGAGCUUGGCGCUCCGGCGAGGACGUCGAACUGUGUUCCGAACUGCUCUUGGAAGCGCUGGAAGCACUCCAAACCCUGCCGGAAGCAUCCCUCUUCGACACGUCCCAAAUGUCCACCCUGUGGAUCGAAGUGGUGGAAAAGUCCAUUAAAUUCCUGCGGCAGGUUGUGCUCGGGGACGUCAUGGGUGGUCGCUGCUUGGUUCCCAAAGCUGAUCGCCAUAUCGCGUUGAAUUUGCUGCUGGAACUCGGUGCUCAGAAGGGAACUCUUGGCGGCUCCCUGGAAGGUAUCUCCCUACUGCUAACCUUACACGAAAAGGAUCAGGAAAGUGACGACAAUCGAAGCCCACCGCAAAAUGCCGGAGCUCCGCUUGUAUCGCUCCUGAAACGGUAUGAGCAGAUCGAAAGCUUCGGAUCGUACAGCGCCGUCGAUUCGUUUCACUUCGGACCAACGGAAUCGUUCCUUCGGUUCCUAACGCUGCCAGAAAACGAAACAACCAACGUGGAUCUCAAACAGGCUGCCGUCAUUAUCAUAAGUCAUCUGGAUCGGCUGGCAAAGCCGCAUCUCCCCGCGGGAAACUACUCGACCAAAGUUAACAAGUCCAAAUCGCAGAAGAUCUUCACCCUGGGUUGGAGUUCCUGUUCGCCGGAAAUGUACGGAUUCAUGUCCGAGGCAACGAACGGGACGACUCAGUUGAUGGGAUCAAUCCCGAGGUAUUCAGCUGCAACAAUCGAACUGCCAUCGACGCUUCAGGUGCGCCAAGUUGCAUGCACCGAAAACAAUAUCUACAUUCUGACGACCGGCGGACAAGUCUUCUCGCUACAUUCGAACAGUUCGGAGAACAUAGCUCCGAAGGCAUUCGAAGGUUUGGAAGGAGUGCAUGUGGUUCAGAUUGCCGCUCACUGCGAAGGAAAGCAUGUUAUGGUGCUCAGUUCAGCAAACGAAGUGUGGUCCUGGGGAGCGGGAGAUGGUGGCCGAUUGGGACAUGGCGAUACGGUUUCGAAGGAACAUCCGACAAUGAUAGUUGGCUUGCAUGAGAAACAAGUUUGCGGAAUCUACUGUGGAGCGUCGUACAGUGCGGCGAUAACGAUUGCCGGAGAGUUGUUCACCUGGGGACGAGGAACCUACGGAAGGCUAGGGCAUGGUAAUUCCGACGACAAGCUUGUCCCGACACAGGUUCAAGCGCUGAAAUCGUACAAGGUGGUCGAUGUUGCUUUGGGAAGUGGUGAUGCCCAUUCCAUGUGUGUGACGGAUAAUGGAUUGCUGUUUGCGUGGGGUGAUGGGGAUUUCGGGAAGCUUGGUAAUGGUUCCUGCAAUGGAUCCCCCAUUCCGGUGCAGAUCGAUACGCUUGUGAAUGUUUCACGGAUCUAUUCUGGAUCUCAAUUCAGCGUGGCACUCAGCUGUGACGGAACUCUGUAUACUUGGGGAAAAGGACACGGUGGACGUUUAGGUCACGGUAACUCGGAACAUUCCAACGUUCCGAAGCUAGUAAGGGCACUGGAGGGAAAGAAGAUUGCAGAUGUGGCUGUUGGAUCUGCUCACUGCCUGGCCCUGACGAGCAGCGGAGAGUUGUAUGGUUGGGGUCGUAAUGAUUACCAGCAAAUCUGCCCUUCGGGGGUCUCGCGAGAUCCUAUCAUACAUAGUCCUAUUCUGACAACGCCACCCACCUUAAGAAUAUCCGGAAUGACAUGUGGAGCUGCCCAGAGUAUCGUUUGGUGUCAUUCCUCGACGCUGGGAGUUGCGUCCAAAAUCCCAUUCGUUGUAGAUCUCAGUGAACACACAUUCCGUAUGUUGGACCAACUGCUUUGUAUGGUUUGCAACAGCCCAGGAGACGUCCGUCACCCACCAAGUCAAGAAGCGGAAUGUAUAGCCGUCGCAUCUCUCAACCUCUUACGUCUUCAAUUGCACGCCAUGAUUGUCAAUAACGUUUCCGCUCGCCAAGUGGGCCUCGUCGAAGGAUCUCGGCUACUCGCUAGCUUGAAAUCAAGAAUUCUGAACCUUGCUGGAGGCCCAGUUGUUCUGAAAACAAUGCAGGAAGCCGCUCAAUGGACACUCCAGGUCGGAUGGUCCAUUCUCCUGCCUACGGCUUCGGAACGAGCGCAAACACUAACCUCGCUUCUCCCAGCUGGACACGAUACAGCCACCACUAGCAACAGUUCCGGCCAUCGCUUUAUGACUGAUCUCCUCGUUGGUUCCUUAAUGGCCGAAGGAGGCCUCCAAACCGCCCUUAACCAAGCAAUCAACGCUCAACGCUCGCAAGACUGCACCUCCACUGGAACCCAUCUGUCCCUGCUGCAUUUACUCAAACAGCUGCUUAGAAACAAUUCCAGCCUAACGCAGGCCCGCCUUGGCCAACUUAUGCUGGGACCAUAUCUCAAGACUGAGGAAGGCUUUUCUUCCCCGGAACCACCCUCGCCUAGUCUAGAUCUACUGCACAAGUUCCAACGCUUGCUCCUGUCCUACAUCUACCAAUCCAAAACUGACGAUCUCAGCGGUGCUGAAGCCCUCCUAGAUACCUACAUCCAGCAGGUGGUCGGUGCUUGUGUUACUACCUUGAACAAAGCCCACGAAACUAUCCUCCAAGGCAAGGACGGAGUGGCCGAAAUCCUCAAGAAUGACAUUUCCGAUGCUCUCUUGUAUGAGCUGCUGAUCGGGCUUGUACUGAUCCAGAAAGAGAAAUCCUUAUUUCUGUCCACAUUCGAUUGGAACAAGCACUUUAUUCCGCUUCUCCAUGCUUUGGACAACUUCAAUCGUUUGACGCACGAAGGAGAAGUGCAUGACUCCGAUGACAUGGGAUGGCCUGGCAUUAUAUGUCGUGGUACAGCUAAGGCCGCUCCGAUGCAAGAAGAAACCCUACUCAUCCGUAAAAGCGACAUCGAGAAUCACUGCGCCGACGGAGGCAAUUGGGUCAUCAUCAACGGCAAUGUCUACGACGUCAAAGAUUACCAAGCGGAGAACGCGACCACACAGGAAAUUCUCAACUCCAACGCUGGCAAAGAUAUUUCCCUGGAGAUAAGCAAUCCUCAGCACCGGACCGCGUUCGAGUUCAUCACUUCGUUUCUUCGGGUAGGGAGAUUCGCCAUCAACGAGAUAUGCGACAAGGAAACCCCUCGACAAAUGACCACUCUGACCCACUUCCACUCGGAAUGCAUGCUUGCGUAUUUGCUGGGGCUACGAUGUAAUAUCCUCCAAACAGGAUCUCCGCUUCAACCAGCGGAAAUACAAUGUAAAAAUCUACUCAAUUCAUCCAUAUUGAGUGGAGGACUUCAGGUCCUUCAACCGAGCAAUCCCUUCGAUGAGGAGAAAGGCGAAGCCCGCAGCAGUGGCUCGACAGCCGGAAGUACUCCUACCGAUGCUUCCAGUCAGAUUCCCAUCGCUGAUGUACCACAGAUGGCAAACUGGCCUUCGGUGCUGAUCUCGCACCGUGUAGAAACUAUGCUCUCCAAUUUGGGCGAAGGAAAGCUCACAGAUCCUCUGGUCUCCUCGUGGAUUGCCAUCUGCGAGCGGUAUUGCAAAGAAAAUCAUCUGAUUUGGCAUCAGGAGUUUCCGCCAGAACAUCCCGUCAUGGAGCUAGAACGGCUACUAAUGGGCGUGCUGAUCCGUCAUCAGAAUCUCGGUCCGCUGGCGUUGGCCGUCGUCGAUCGAGAACUCAGCGGUAAUUGCUCCAAACCUCCAGCCCCUAUCAUCAACAUCAUCAAAAUUGUGCACCAAACCAAGUGGGGCAUCGUCAAGAUGCGCCAACAACUGAAUCGAAGCUACAAGGAAGUCUGCGCUCCGAUGAUCGACAAGUGUCGGUUUCUACUGUACGAAAUCCGCCCGGCGAUCAGUCUGGAACAGCAUGGCCUAGCCAAUCUCCACAUCCUGCAUAAACUACCCCGCUUCAAAGCGCUCGUCCGGCGAAUCAUCACCGAAAUGCGAGCGGCCAAGAAGCAACUGGCCUGCGCCAAACCGGAAGACAUCCUCAAUGUGACCAUUCAAAGCCAAUUCACUUCUUCAAUCACCAAAAUCCAGUCCCAAGAAAAUCUCAGCUGCAAGCACCUCUCCUCCACCGAGAACCUGGUAAACGAGAGUCUCAUCAAGGUCGAGAGUUUGGAAAGCUUGACGACUGCUGCGGCACGGGAUCGCUCAUCCUCCCCAGUUAUCCUAGCCGUCCAGAAGCAUGCCGCCUCGGAUGAAAACCUCCUGACCGUAGCAAACGUGGACAAUGGGGGUGGAGAUGCUACCGAUAAGAAGAUUGCAAUCACCAACGAAGAGAUCAAGACUCCAACGAACGAGCUGAUCGAUUACAACAACUCCAAGAUGAAGAACACGGACGGUGGAGACGAGUUCAUCAACAAUGUGAUCGCAAGCUUAAGCGAAAAGUGCUUGAUCGAGACGUAUCCGGCCGAGUUCAAGAACGGAAUUAGUCAACAAAUCGUGGAUUUCAUACUGUACGACCUGUGCGACGUGGAAACGCUGCGACGCGCCAUGUACUGUCAAAUUCAACGCUACCAGAUCCGCAAACAAGGGCUCGCAAUGCUCUAUGAACUGUUGAAGAUCGUUGGAUUGUUCGACGCUGCUCAGUACAACCUCUUCAACGGCUAUCUAGGGUUGCACGUCUCCAAAGGAGAAACCCAAAACGCGGAACACAUCCUCGAGAAUCUCAACAUGAUCACGGCUUUCCAGAAGGCGGAUAUCCUGAUCGCUCAGGCCAAGAUCAUCGAAUGGGCCGUCUCUGAACUGCAGAAGUACGUCAACCAAGAGAAGAUCAACGGACGACAUCGCAAUCACGGCGAGAAGGACAAUUCCAACCUGGGGACGUAUGUGUUCUUGAAGAAGCUGCCGAGGGCACGGUUCCUUUUGAGUAUUUUUGGCAUCCUUUCGCGGACGUACGAAGCGAAUGAGUUAAGCUUGCUUAUCAACUCAGGCAUUUUGGGUAGCAUCAUGGGAUUGCUAAGACAGACCGGAGCCGAUUUUCCGAACAGCAAGAACAAUACGGACAUUUCCGUCAUCUACGAGGAUGUUGUGACGAAUCUUAAAUCAUCCAAAGAGGGACUUCCCGGACCGGAACUGGCCAAGUUGAUGAAGAUUGGAACGAGAAUUACUCGCGGUGCGGAUUGGAAGUGGGGUGAGCAGGAUGGCCCCGGCGGAGAAGGGAGGAUCAUCAGCGAAAUCGGAGAAGAUGGUUGGGUUCGCGUCGAAUGGGACAACGGCUCUACCAAUUCGUACCGUAUGGGCAAGGAAGGCCAGUACGAUCUUCGGCUGGCAGAUAGUGCCCUGAAGGCACUCUCCCCGGACAAGGACAGUGAGAAAGAGGACUUCAUCGAUCACCACAUGUUCAGCGAGUCGCAUCCCACCAAGCUGCUGCGUAACGUUUGCAUAAAAACCCUUCAGAUGAUCUUUGCCUCGGUUGGAAUUCACGCCGAUCAAAUGCAGGAAAAUUCUUUGCGAAGCGUCGCUUCCAUGUUCCGUUCGAUUCUAACCAAUCGAAUCACGUACUACAACUUUGGAAUGGAGCAGUGGACUACGAUUGGUUUCCUACGGGCAAUUUCCUCUUCCAAGGCGUUAUCCAAACAUCUCACAUCUCCGGUUUGGAUUGAUCUUGCGUUCGAAAUACUAAACUCGCCGAUCACGUGCAAGAAAGAUGUGUAUAAGAAGCUGCAUUGUCUGAGACUGCUGCAGUCCACGUUGAUCAACUGGACCAACGAAGAAGCCGAUCGCGUCGAUGAUAUAAUUUUCAAACUGUUCGAAGUUCUUGGAACGAUCAGCUUGUACUGCCCCAAUGAUCUGUCUCUGUUGAAUAACUCCGUGGACAUCAAAUCGAGAGUGCUUUACAGUGCUUCUCAUACGGGUACGAUCGCAGAAGAGAUCAUAGUUCUGAUCAGAAAGUUGCAUACCCUACCGCUUUGGAACGAGAACAUCAACUCGUUCAUUGCGCAAAAACUCUGCCUAGUGGCUGACGUUCUACUCGUGAGUGAGCUGGAGAUCAACUUUGAAGGAGAGAAAGCUUCCAUCAUGGGGACACUUUGCACGAUUGGUGGCUGUGAUUCCAGACCUCGAUUGGGACUUAAUCUGACUCUGGACGGAGUUCGCGGAACGAUCUCCCGUAUGACAAAGAAAGGAAAAGUUGUCAUGAAUGUUCACGCCUUGGCUGAAACGAAAAAGAUCCCGAUCUUCAAGGUCUCCGAGUGUGCCGAUAUCGGAGCUUUUAGUCUAUCCAAGUUGACCAUUAAUGAGAUGCUGCUGAAUUCCUGGGCUGUUCUGUUCUACGGGAUCGGUCAAACUCCAAUGAACGUGGCCAACAACAUCAGCUCGCAGUUGUUGCAAACACAGCAAAUUAACUUCUCCGCUCUUAAAGCUACCAAAGUCCUGUUCCGUCAUCAGAACCUUCUCCGAAAAAUACUGCGUCAAAGAUCGCCGGGCGUAACUCGGAGCUCCUCCAAGGACAGCAUAUCCGAUAGAGACACUAGUCCGGAGGAGGGCAAACCACGAAGCGAAUCCAACACUUCCGACGAGUCACAAACUUACACCGAGCUGUUGAUCCAAACGAUCCUCCUGAGAGCUACCCAACCAAGUCCGCUGAAGGCAUGUUACUCGUUCAUGGAGAUGGAGCUGGCCGCCCUCAAUAUUUCCCAGAUGUUGGCAAGUCACGUCCACAACGAGUUGAAUGCCCCGUCUAACUCCAAUAAGCGUGCAUUCCCGAUCAGUCAGCCGACGAUGAUCCACGGGGUGCCGAUCUACAACAACGAAUCGGCCUUGGAAGAUGCCCAGACUCCAUCGGGUGCGGAAGCUGCUACUGGAGUAUCUUCCGUGGGAACUAAUCGAGGAACAGCCAGACGUAGUCCUCCGAGUGCGCUAGUUGCGCAGAUCAUGGAGAUGGGCUUCACCCGGAAGUCGGUGGAGACGGCUAUUAAGAGCCUUACGUUGCAUACGAACAAUAAACCAACGGCAGAGCAGGUGGUUCAAUGGAUUCUGGAACAUCCGGACGUGACGGCGAACCUCGGUGGUAAAGGCGAUGACAAUGACGCCUACAGCGACACGGAGAGUGCCAGCUCGGAUACGAUGGACGGAGGAUCAUCGUUGCACGAUUCUCAGCAAGUCCCGUUCAAGAUGAGAGAAGACUUCAAAUCGGCCGAUCAGUACGCGAUGUAUGUGCGGGGAUUGAUUUGCCCUGGAAUGUUGGUUCGUUGCUGUCAGGACUUCGAAGAGAUUCGUAAGGGAGAUAUCGGAACCGUGUUGAAAGUUGAACCGGAAGGAUUGCACGAUUUGAACGUUCGAGUUGACUGGCAGAUGCACGAUCGACCUUAUUGGAUGUGCUUUGUCCACUUGGAGUUGCUGGAGGCACCACCUUCGGAAAACAGCACCACGAUCAGUGUUGGAUCGCAGGUUAGGAUACGGAAUACUCAGCACUUCCGGUAUCGUUUGAACACGAUUCCAAGAGGAAGCAUCGGUACAGUAACGUCUGUGAAUGGAAGUGAAGUUACGGUAGAGUUCCCGCAGCAGACUUUGUGGAAUGGGCAUUUGAACGAAUUGGAGCUGAUUUCCAAUCCACUUCACGGUGUGAACUCCGGAUUGGGAGGUGUCUUCGAUAUCAUUGACGACUGGUCACGAUGCAUCCGGUCUUUAACAGUUUCGUCCAAUGAGUCAUCGGCGAAGAAUCUUUUGGACAGGGGAGCCAACUUCUGGCAAAGUUCAUCCACCCAAGGUAAACAUUGGAUUCGGCUGGAAAUCCACGAUCAAGUAUUCAUUCAGACCUUAUCGAUCAACGUUGAUCCAGACGAUUACUCGCACAUGCCUUCGCUGGUUGUGAUCAAAGGUGGCGAUUCUGUGGCUACUCUCAAGGAACUCCACUGGGUUUCAAUCAAUCCGACGGAUGUGGUGGUCCCUCUGCUGAAUGAAUGCAAGCAAUACUACGCAUGGAUCGAGAUCCUGAUCAAGCAAUGCCGCAACAACGGUAUCCAGUGCAAGGUGCAUGGCAUCAACAUCAUUGGAAAGAGGAAGCAGACAGACCUGGAGAUGAUGCUGCAGAAUGCUUCGUUCCUGGCAACAGAGAACGAAACAGCAGCUGAGCCGACCUAUUCGACUUCGUCGAACUACGCAGAUGAUCAGUCGUUGAAUGAAAUAUCUUCGAAAGUGUUGGUUUGGGGUCUGAACGACAAAGAGCAGCUGGGAGGUCUCAAAGGGUCCAAAGUGAAACUUCCAACGUAUUCUUCGGUGCUAAGCCAGUUGAAGCCAAUUCACAUUGCCGGUGGAUCCAAGUCGCUGUUCAUAGUGUCUCAAGAUGGUAAACUGUAUGCAUGUGGAGAAGGAACCAACGGACGACUGGGUUUAGGUCAUAACAACAAUGUGCCCACGCCGAGACAAGUUCCAAUUCUGAACCAGUACGUCGUAAAGAAGGUGGCCGUUCAUUCUGGAGGGAAACACGCCAUGGCGUUGACACUGGAUGGGAAGGUGUUCUCGUGGGGUGAAGGAGAAGACGGUAAGCUAGGUCAUGGCAAUCGAUUGACCCUGGAGAAACCGAAACUGAUCGAGAGUCUUCGUACCAAGCGGGUCCGUGACAUUGCUUGCGGAUCGAGUCACAGCGCAGCGAUUACAAGUUCAGGCGAAUUAUACACCUGGGGAUUGGGAGAGUACGGUCGAUUAGGUCAUGGAGAUAACUGUACACAGCUGAAGCCUAAACUUGUCACAACCCUACAAGGACAUCGUGUAGUUCAGGUUGCCUGUGGUAGCCGCGAUGCGCAGACGCUAUGUUUGACAGAAGAAGGUCUGGUGUUCUCCUGGGGAGACGGAGACUUUGGCAAACUAGGACGCGGUGGAUCUGAAGGAUGCUCAGUGCCACACCAAGUCGAACGUCUCAACAGCGUAGGUGUGAUGCAGAUAGAGUGUGGAGCUCAAUUCAGCUUAGCCUUGACCAAGUCCGGCGAGGUUUGGACUUGGGGUAAAGGUGAUUACUACCGAUUAGGUCACGGGACUGAUCAACAUGUGAGAAAGCCUACUCCUAUUCAAGGACUUCGCGGUAAGAAGGUCAUCCAUGUUGCGGUGGGAGCUUUGCAUUGUCUUGCAGUUACUGACAGUGGACAAGUCUACGCCUGGGGAGACAAUGACCAUGGUCAACAAGGCUCCGGUAACACAGUUGUCAACAAGAAACCGAAUUUGGUGCUGGGAUUAGACGGAGUGUUCGUGAACCGUGUUGCCUGCGGAAGUUCCCAUUCGGUUGCUUGGAGCUUACCCCAAAAUCCAUCGGAGAAGGACAAGAAGGAACCCGUGCCGUUUGCUGUCAGUAAAGACCCAUUGGGCGGUCAUAGCUUGGGAAUUCAUGCUUCCGAUACGGAGCCUACAACUGCUCAUCCUCAGGUCGGAACCGUUAACCCAAAACAGCAGCGACCUUCACUAUCCGAAAGUGUUCUAUCUCUGGAAACCUACGGCGCCCGACAGGCUGCCUUGUCCCACAUACUGAACGCCAUGAGUAUUCUACAGGCAAGAUCUUGUAUCAUCGCUGCGUUGACCUGUCACUCACAGCUAACGGUGCAUGACAAAACCCUCGGGGCGUUGAACGACACCCGCCCCAUAACCCCCGUCUCGGAGAAUGACCUGAUUGAAACAAAAACCGACACCGUAGUGGCGAGCCUCCAGAAUGAAGUGAUCGCUCAGGGUGGAGGUGAAGGACCUGCUGAUGCUUCCGGAUUGACGACCAACGAUAUCAACGACUGCGAUAUCCCGAUCGUAUCCGGCAUGAACAACACUCUGAGUGCGUAUCGCAGUCUGACGGGUUCCCUGUCACUGUCGGCAUCAAUAUCCAGCUGUAAUGCAACCCAGCGGCACUCCAAGAUGUCCGCGAGUGCAAUGUCCGUCAUGGCUGCCACCAUGACACAUCAUGAUGAGAUGAUGAACGAAGUGCAGAUCAUCAGCGGCCUGGAUGACUUCACCGCACUGCUCGGAGAAUCGGAAGCCAAGCAUCUGAUCGAACUGCUCAAGCUGAGCGUGUCGGGUCGAACGGGUCCGGCAAACACGUCGGAGACGAUUGCCAACACGUUGAUCGCGCUGGCCAAGGGCAGCACGACGAUCGCCAACAUGCUGAUCGAAACCUGCAUCACCGAGCUGGAGGAUUUGUGCACUUCGCGGCACUCGCUGGGUAAGCUGCCGAAAGCCGUCGUGCAGGAGACUAGUCAUCCGUAUAUUGACGAUAUAACGCUAGUUGGUCAUGUAAAAAUCCCAGGCGCCGAAGCGCUUCGUAUCGAAUUCGACAGUCAAUGUUCAACGGAGCGUCGUAACGAUCCGCUGAUCAUCAUCGAUGGUACGGGUCGGGUUGUAGCGACACGUUCUGGUCGUGAAUGGGCACAGUGGGCGCCGGAAAUCAGGAUCGCAGGGGACGAAAUGCGUUGGAAGUUUACCAGUGAUAAUUCCGUGAAUGGAUGGGGUUGGCGAUUCUACGUUCAUGCUAUCAUGCCGGAGUCGUAUCUGCAAGAGCUGGGGUCUGAUCGAACUGUGUUGUCUCAGCCGUCGAUCGCAAUGGUUAUGGCAUUGCUGGAGUCCUCCCUCGUUCCUCACAAUAGUAAUACGUUGAUCAGACUGACGGCUGCCUUGUCGCAGUGUGCUCAGCUAAGUUCCUUAACAAUUGCACAAAGGAUUUGGUCGUUGAAGAAGAUGCAUCAGUAUCUAACAUCUCGGGAAGCUCCUCGUGCCCUUGAACCAUCUGUCGUGGAGAUCCUCAGUCCAUUGAUCCCGAUUAUCCUACGACAAUACGAAUACGAAGAGCCGCAAGUCCGCACAGGCCUUCACCUAAUGCAUUCCGAAUACUUCAAAACCUUGGUAGCCUUGGCAUGCGAUAUGCAACUCGAUUCGCUUCUACCGCAUGGCGAUGCCCACAAAUGGGCAUGGUUCCGGCGCUACUGCUCCGCUGUUCGGGUAGCUCAAUCGCUGAUCCGUCGGGUAACCUUACCUGCUACGUUCACUCUUGAAGUUCGCAAGAAACUCUUGGAGAUUGCUUCGCCUGCGACGAACCCGUCGCUCCCAAACACCGGAGCAAACAGCCUGACCAGCAGCAACUGCUCGCUGAUUCAGCACACAAACAGCGGUUCGAAUCUCAGCCAACAAGGAUUCGAACUCAACAGCAGUUCCGCUCCAGGAAGCGAGAUCGAGUCGAUCGAUACCUCCAAGUAUCUACACGAAGAUCACAACUACUUCACGCCGCAGUACGACUCGCAGCUGUUGCAGUGGUUCAAUCGACGACCUGAGGACUGGGCGUUCUCAUGGGGUGGAGCAAGCACCAUUUUCGGAUGGGGCCACAAUCACCGCGGUCAACUGGGUGGUUUGGACGGAAGUCGGAUCAAGAUGCCAACCCCGUGUGAAGCAUUGAGUUUGUUGAGGCCCAUUCAGAUCGCUGGAGGAGAGCAAACCUUGUAUGCCGUUACGCCGGAUGGAAAGUUGUAUGCUACGGGGUAUGGAGCCGGUGGACGGCUGGGAAUAGGCGGUACGGAUUCGGUAUCUGCGCCGACUUUGGUGGAGUCGUUGCAGCAUGUGAUCAUCAAGAAAGUGGCGGUGAAUUCCGGUGGGAAGCAUUGCUUGGCGCUGUCGUCGGAUGGAGAGGUGUUUUCAUGGGGAGAAGGUGAAGAUGGUAAACUAGGCCAUGGAAACCGGGAUAGCUAUGAUCGGCCGAAGUUGAUUGAAGCGUUGUCGGGGAUCGGAGUUAUAGAUAUUGCUUGCGGAAGUGCUCAUUCGGCUUGUAUAACAUCGCAGGGACAUGUUCUGACCUGGGGUAAAGGAAGAUACGGCCGAUUGGGUCAUGGAGAUUCCGAGGAUCAGUUGCAGCCAAAACUGGUGGAGGCAUUGUUGGGCUAUCGAGCGAUCGACAUUGCUUGCGGUUCAGGAGAUGCCCAGACCUUGUGCAUUACGGAUGAUGAUAAUGUGUGGAGUUGGGGCGACGGAGAUUAUGGGAAACUGGGUCGAGGAGGAUCGGAUGGAUGUAAGAUACCGAUGAAGAUCGAAAGCUUGGCGGGACUGGGAGUGAUCAAGGUGGAAUGUGGAUCGCAGUUUUCGGUGGCGUUGACACGAUCAGGAAGUGUUUAUACUUGGGGCAAAGGAGACUACCAUCGACUGGGUCACGGCAAUACGGAUCACGUUCGUCGUCCGAAGAAGGUCGCAGCUCUACAGGGCAAGAAGAUCAUCUCGAUCGCUACGGGUUCAUUGCACUGCGUAGCUUGUAGUGAUUCAGGAGAAGUGUUCACUUGGGGUGACAAUGACGAAGGACAGCUUGGAGAUGGGACGGUAACAGCGAUUCAACGACCAAGGCUGGUGCAGUCUCUGCAGGGCAAACAUAUUGUGAAGGUCAUUUGUGGAUCCGCCCAUACGCUAGCGCUGUCGACAUAUCAAUUGAGCGAAGCCGUCCGACCGCCGCCAUCCCCUCCACUGGAAUAUGACCUAGUGCGGGACAUUUCUCCGGAGGUUCUUCAUGCUCGGCUAGUGCUGUUGCAUCAUUUCUCCGAACUGGUCUGCCCUUGUUUGGCCAUGCUUCCGAUCAGUGGAGAGCUCUCCCUUGGUGCUUUGAAGGAUAUCUUGGUAUACUCGAUAAAGGAAGCUGGCUUCCGAAAGGUCAUCCAAACGACUAUGGUACGUGAUAAACCGCAUGGACCUGUGAUCGAGCUCAAUCGGAUACAGGUUAAGCGGUCCCGUAUGCGCUCUGGCAAUGGGCUAGCCGGUGUUGACGGAAUGAAAAGUGUGUUCGGACAGAUGGUGCAGAAGCUGCCGCUGUUGACCCAGGAGGCCCUUUCAAUGCCCCAUCGAGUGUGGAAGGUGAAGUUUGUGGGCGAAAGCGUCGACGAUUGUGGUGGUGGUUUCAGCGAGUCUAUUGCGGAGAUGUGCGACGAAUUGCAGAACGGUAGCGUUCCAUUGCUGAUCCAGACUCCGAAUGGCCGCGGAGAAGCCGGUGCCAAUCGGGAUUGUUUCCUGCUGGAUCCGACGCUGAACUCGGUGCUGCAUAUGAACAUGUUCCGAUUUUUGGGAGUGCUAAUGGGAAUUGCCGUGAGGACGGGAUCUCCGUUGAGUUUGAAUUUGGCCGAACCGGUAUGGAGGCAGCUCUGCGGAGAAGUGCUUCGCCCAUCCGAUCUGACGGAAGUGGACCGUGACUACAUUACCGGUUUGCUCUACAUCCGAGAUAUUGAAGAUGACCCUAAGGUGUUUGCUUCAAUGGAGCUUCCGUUCUCUACACCGUCGGCUAAAGGUCAUGAGGUUCCGCUAUCAACAAGGUUCACCAAAAUCACUCCGGAAAAUCGUAACGAGUACGUAAAGUUAGCCCUCAAGUAUCGCAUCCACGAGUUCGACGAACAGGUCAAAGCAGUCCGAGACGGAAUGUCCAAGGUGAUCCCGGUACCGUUGCUAUCGCUGUUCUCGGCGUCUGAGCUGCAGGCCAUGGUGUGCGGUUCGCCAGACAUUCCCCUCUGCUUACUGAAGACUGUUGCCACCUAUAAGGGAGUGGAAUCGACAGCACCGCUCGUGCAGUGGUUCUGGGAAGUGAUGGAAGAGUUCACCAAUCAGGAACGAUCGCUAUUCUUGCGAUUCGUGUGGGGCCGAACUCGCCUUCCGCGAACCAUCGCUGACUUCCGUGGACGAGACUUUGUCCUGCAGGUGCUGGAUAAGUAUAAUCCACCGGAUCACUUCCUGCCGGAGAGCUACACUUGUUUCUUCCUGCUCAAGAUGCCCAGGUAUUCGUGUAAGGCUGUUCUACAAGAGAAGCUGAAAUACGCCAUCUACUUCUGCAAGAGUAUUGAUACGGACGAGUACGCUCGGGUGGCGAUGGGUGACCCUACGGAAGCCACCGGUAGUGAAGAUAAUAGCGAAAUUGAAUCGAUUGCUUAAACCACUAAACUCGUGUGCCUCUGCGAGCUUAUAGGACUGAUCACUAUACAUAAUUCUAAUGAGCAGACCCUAAAAAGGGUGAGCUUAAAAACGAACGGAACGUUCUAGGAGCAACCAAAAAAGACAUCCUCUCCGACAUUCUUCGCCAUUUUGAUUAUCAACAGCAAUCUAAUUAUACCCAUGGGUAUGUAAAUCCACCAAAACGCAAACCGUGUAGCACGAUUAUGCACCACUAAUAUGUAUAAAAUGCAUUUAACUUAACUAGACCCCUAAACAAUCUUGCAAGAAGAAAAACAGAGCUGUUGUUCAUUACGAUGUUUUGCGAGUGACUCCGACACACACAUAGCAAGAACCUCUACACGACAUUCUAACUGUAUUACCAUUUUGCCGCCAGCUUUUACGCCACACUCUUGAUUACCUACCUUCCUAACUAUACGUGUGCUACGAUAAGGUUGUUGUUUCGUUUACUGAACUUUUACCGAACCAAUCAUUCGAUUUGCUUUACUUUUUCAAGGCCUAUUUUGCGUUACGAAGCCUUGAACGAAACCUUACAUAUUACAGAUAUACAACCUAUUGUACAAGAUCAUACCAACACACAACAAGAGAUAUUUUAUUACCAUGUUAUAUACAUACAGAAAAGCAACUGAAUUAUAAAAAAAGAAAAAAAAUGUAAGUGUUUGACCGAGUCAAGAUUGAAAAUGAAUUGAUUGAUGAAAAGAGAAGAAUCAUAUUGUAAUUGUUGAGUUUCUUCAUACAUUUUUUGACUUGAAAUGUUCACUCUCAUUGCAUGUAACUUCCAUCCUCAAUUGUGUUUUAUAAUAACACCAACUGGUCUGAAAAUUAUGGAUUUAUGAUGAACAACUAACCUUUUCAUUGAUCCGAUGAGUCAAAUUCUAAAUGGGUGACUUCAAGACAAGCAUUAGAUUUGACACCGUGUGCACAGAAUAUCUAUCAAAAGCUCACUUUCCUCCUGGUCCAUUUCAAAAGAGCAAUAAUACCGGUCUUAGACAUGUUAGCAAACGAUUGAAAGUUGGAAGCAGCACUACGGUGAACAGCUGACAUGAUCUGAAGAAUCACACCGGACGACGUUCCUAGACAUAAUUUAGACACAACAAAAGCAGUGGACAACAAUAGCAUAUUUUUCCCUACUGGUUUGAUUAUCGUUCUACUAAACCAACAGACAGCAGACGCGAUUUAACUCUUGCAAUCAUGUUUUUCAUAUUUCCUCUCUUGACUCAGGUGCUACUAAACCAAUGAACAAACCCACUCCCCACACAUAAAAACGUUGAAUCAAAAUGAAAUCCAAUUCCUCUCAACCAAUCUGUACUCGUUUUGCAUUGUGUUAAGUCAAUUUGUUCAUAUAUGAAAACAUAGACCUAGAAUUAGGGCAGUAAUCAACUACUAAAAUUAAUAGAAAAAAUCUAGAACAUCGUAGAUCGCUAAUUCCUGACGAACGCGCGAAACCACAUCAAACACGGAAAAUCAUCAACUCCCAUUGAAUACAAAUACCGUCGAAAAUCAAACAUCCCGUACUUUCUCCCAAUUGACGAAUAUCAUACUAAACAGUGGAAUUCAUAAAAUUGUAGAGAAAAAAGAGUAAUACAUAGAGACUGUACUGAUAUUCGCAAACUACGUUUAUGGAUAUGGAUAUAAACCUAGCCCAACAUUCUUUUUGAGUCAACUAGAGGGCAUAGAAUACUAAGUACACUUGAAAAUCAUUCUUGUAGGCUAUGCCGCCCAUCAUCAUGGUCAUCGCUUUAUUGAACACGCGGUCGCAGUAGGCGCCAAUCCGAUUAGAGUGCGCCAUAAUGUUGCGCAAGUUAGCAGUGUGUGGUGAAAUCUUUUAAGGUGCACACACGAAUAAGCAGUUCAGUUAUUUAUUGAAAUCGCAUAAUUUAUUAAAACAUCACCAUCACACACAGACGCGUUGCCAUUCGGCUUGUCACUAGUUCUCGUUUUUUUGUUCAGUUGCAGUAGCAAAAACUAAUAUAGCAGACUUUAAGAAGCGAGUAACAGUUUUGCAACGCUGUAGAGUAACAGGCCGUUUAUAGCUUUAUAAUUAGUGCAUCUACUUCACCAGAGUCCGUCUUUAGCCUAGAAUCAGGGUUGAAAACUGCAGAGCUCGCCCUAUCACUAACUAGUUUGUAGGCGGGGUUGCGCAUCAGUAUUGUUCCUUUUUCAGUCGACUGAGACAACCGAGUGUGUACUUUUUUUUGGGAGGGAGAAAGGUUAUAACGAAGGCCGAUGCCGGUUGGGGAGUUGGCGCGAAGACUAACACUUUUUACAGUGAACUGUGGGAAUCAAGAGCUCUAGAAUUUGAAUUGGGGGGAUACUUUUUCCGAGGGAGAAGAACUACGAUAGUCUGUUUUCUUUAUGGUACAAUUGUCCGAAGAAGAGCUACUUUUGUUUGCAAAUGCGUGAGCCUCAGUGUAUCAUAUGUUUAAUAUUCUGUGAUUUUUAUUUUUUAUGUUUUUUUACUAUCUAUAAAAUGAACACGAAACAAAAGCUGAAAUAAACAAUCAUAUAUAUGUGAAUUCAGAGAAAA